CCUCCCCCUCCUGCACAGAAGGAACUGCAGCUCAUCUCAGACGGGGCAAAUUCGUCUUGGGGUUUAUAGAGGGAGUGGAGUGGAAAGGCGUGCAGAGGGAAGGAUGCAGAUGGACCGGGUGCAGCCGCUGGAUUCGGCCAACACCUCCGAACCUCCCGAUGGCUUCCUGGAUGAGCUGGUAGUGCCACCAGUGGCCUCCCACAGCCUGCGGGUGGCCGCGGCCCUGGUCUACUCGCUGGUGUGCAUCCUGGGGCUCCUGGGCAACCUGUUGGUCCUGCGGCUGGUGCGGGGCAUCGGCGGGCGCGGCCGGGGGGCCAUCGACUGCCUGGUCUUCAACCUGGCGCUGGCUGACUUCCACUUCGUCCUGGCGCUGCCGUUCUGGGCAGCCGAGUUGGCGCUGGACUACAGCUGGCCCUUCGGCCACGCCAUGUGCAAGCUGGUCCUCUUCGUCACCAUGCUCAACGUCUACGCCAGCGUCUUCUUCCUGACCGCCAUGAGCGUCAGCCGCUACUGCGCAGCGGCGCAGACGCUCAGGCCGGGCCGGGCUCCCUGCGGUCCACGGGCCGUCCAGUGGGUCAGCCUCGCCAUCUGGUUGGUGGCGGGUGCCGCCAGCCUCCCCCCGGCCAUCUACUCGCGGACUAUCCAAGUGGACGGGGAAGAGCUCUGCGUCCAGAGGUUCCCUAACGGCGGGCACUGGCCGGAGGUCUACAAGAUCCAGAGGGUCGCCGUGACCUUUGUCGCCCCCCUGGUGGUCAUAUGCACCAGCUACGCCCUGCUCCUGCGGCUGCUCAGAGGGCACGCUGGGGAUGGCGCUUCUCCCGAUGCCCCGGCCAACCUGACCCGCCUGGUGGUCAUCAUCGUGACGGCCUUCUUCCUCUGCUGGCUCCCCAACCACAUCAUCGCUGUCUGGGAGGUGCUGGUCAGGCUGGGGCUGGCGCGGUGGGGCCGGGCAUACUACAUCGCCCACGCCUACGUGCACCCGCUCACCAUCUGCCUGGCCAAUGCCAACAGCUGCCUCAACCCCGUCAUCUACUGCCUGAUGCGCAAGGAGUUCAGGGAGGCGGUGAGGAGGAGCCUGACUGGGUGGGCUGGGGUGCCCUCUCGCUGCUGCGUCGGCCACGAUGGCUGGGUAGGGGGGCAUGGUGGAGGGCAGGUGGUUUUGCCCCUCCAACGGAUGGACAGCCAAGCCAUCUGCAGUAGCAGCCGCAAUACUCCCUCUUCCAACACCUCGGCAGCUACCCAGAAGAUCUGAUGGGUACUUUCAAUGAA